UUGCAACGUUUCGACUUUAAGGCGACGGUCGUGUCUAAGCUGGAGCUGUAAUUUCCUAUAUAGCCUAUAGAGGAUCUACAUAUACAUGUACAUUAAUAUAUACCCAAUAAACUCAUUGUUCAAUUGACGCAUUUGUGAAAAACGUACGAACCAAUGGAGCUGGUUACCGAUGCAGUGAAUAAAACCAACAUUGAAGGCAGUGCUGCUUCGUCUAUAUAUGGAAUGCCAGUUGAUGCGCACAGUCCAUUCUACUUGGAGCUGUACCGCAAGUCUGUGCAAAAUCCAGUCGCUUUUUGGGAGGAGCUGGGACAUUUGCUGGACUGGGACAGGCCAUGGCAGCAGGUGCUGGAUAACAGCAAUCAACCAUUUACCAAAUGGUAUGUGGGCGGCUAUUUGAAUGCCUGCUACAAUGCCAUAGAUAGACACAUACUGGCCGGCAGGGGGGACAAGGUGGCGCUCAUCCAUGACAGUCCGCUGACGGAAACGGUGCGCAAAGUCACUUACCAGGAGCUAUACGAUCAGGUUGUCCUGCUGGCAGGUGGACUGGCCAAAAUGGGCGUGACCAAGGGCGAUCGAGUGGUGAUCUAUAUGCCGCUAAUACCCGAGACCAUCGUAGCCAUGCUGGCUAUUGUUCGACUGGGCGCCAUACAUUCGGUGGUAUUUGGCGGAUUUGCUGCACGGGAGCUCUGCUCGCGCAUUGAGCACGUUGAGCCGAAACUGGUGAUCGCCGCUAAUGCGGGCGUGGAGCCAGGUAAGGUGGUUCCCUAUCUGGACAUACUGCACUCGGCCAUAAAUAUGUCGCGCUGGAAGCCACCGCAACCCAACAUCAUAUUUAUGCGCGAACAGGUUGCCUUAGAUAUUCUGGAUGAUAAAGCCGACAUACUUUGGUCAACGGUGUUGGACAUGGGCAAAGCUAGUCAACCGGUGGCCUGUGUGCCCAUCGAAGCCAAUGAUCCACUUUAUAUACUUUACACGUCCGGCACCACGGACAAGCCGAAGGGUGUGCUGCGCACAAUUGGUGGUCAUCUGGUGGCACUGAUGUACACGCUGAAAAUGAUUUAUGGCAUUCAGCCUGGCGAUACAUGGUGGGCUGCCUCUGACAUGGGCUGGGUUGUGGGACACUCUUAUAUAUGCUACGGUCCGCUUUGUCUGGGCGCCACAAGCGUCAUGUACGAAGGCAAGCCAGAUCGCACACCGGAUCCGGGACAGUACUUUAGAAUUAUUGACCAGCACAAGGUAUGCGGCAUCUUCUCAGUGCCGACCUCGUUUCGUGUGAUACGACGUGCCGAUCCGGAAAUUAGCUAUGGGCGGCAAUACUGCAUGAAAUCCCUGCGUGCCAUUUUCAUAGCUGGCGAGCAUUGCGACUACGAGACAAAGGCCUGGAUAGAGAAAACAUUCAAGGUGCCGGUGCUGAAUCAUUGGUGGCAGACGGAAACUGGUUCAGCUGUAACGGCUACAUGUUUGGGGUUCAAACAUAAUCUCAAUCCACCCAUGUAUUCUACCGGCCUGCCCCUUGUGGGCUACGAAAUUAAGGUACUAAAGAAGGAUGGCACUGAGGCUCUUCCUUCUGAACUGGGUCGCAUUGUUUUAAAGCUGCCGCUGCCUCCUGGCAAUAUGGCCACUCUGUAUAGAAACGAUGAGCUCUAUCGCAAGCUAUACUUCCAAAAGUUUCCGGGCUACUACGACACCAUGGACGCCGGCUACAAAGACGAGCGCGGCUACAUUUUUGUCACGGCACGCGAUGACGAUGUCAUUAAUGUGGCCGGCCAUCGUCUGUCGACCUCCAGUCUUGAGGAUGCUGUGCUUCGGCAUCCUGACGUUGUCGAUGUGGCUGUAUUUGGUGUGCCGGAGCCAACUAAGGGACAAGUACCACUCUGUCUAUACAUUCCCGUCGAUGGCUGCAAGAAAACAGAUGCCAAAUUGUCCACGGAGAUAAUCAAACUCAUACGCGAUGUUGUGGGUCCAAUUGCAGCCUUUCGCCUUAUCACCUCGGUCAAUAACUUGCCACGCACGCGCUCCGGUAAAACCAUGCGUAAGGCCAUGGCUGACUUUGCCCGCAAUGAGCGGGUCAUCUUGCCGGCGACCAUCGACGAUGCCAGCGUAUUCAGCGAGAUACGGCGCGCCCUGCAGCAUCUGGGCUAUGCGAUGUCUGCGCCCGAUCCCAUAGUGGCCAAGCUGCUGGACUGAUCUGGCCACAGUCGACUCAUCCGCUGGUGUUUUUGUGCAAUAUAUUGUAGUUAGUUUAAAUGUUCUACGAAUCAAAUAAAGUAUCGUUUUUAAAAUUA